AUCCCCGACAUUUAAUGACGUCACACAGGAGUUCCUCUACCUGUCAAGCACAAUGUCAACACCAGAAGGCGAAAAAAUGAAAUUAAGAGCCGGUGUGAAGGAGAUCCAGGCUAAAUUAAAAAUGGGUUAUGGGGAGGAUAGUGACCCUUGUUAUAAGGAGGGCCGGCUGGUAAUGGCGUGUAAGGCUAUGGGCCAAUCCAAAGACGAAUGCAAGGAACUUGCCUUAAACGUGAAACGAUGCAGAAAAUUCUGGGUAGUCGUGAAGGCGGAUCGCAUGAAGAAGGGGAUAUCACCAGCAUUUCCGAAGAUACAAGACAGACCCGCAGUUAUGGAAGAAUAUAAAGACACCCUGGAAAAAAUAAGACAGAAAAAGUCAAUGUGUGUCAUACAAUAGUUGAAACACUCAUGUGAUAUAUUUUUAGCUCACCUAUGCACAAAGUGCUUAGCGCGAGCUGUUGUGAUAAGGUGAUUGUCCGUCAUCCGUCCAUCCGUCGUCAACAUUUUCUUUUAAACAACUUCGCCUAAAGCACUGAGACAAUUUCAAUCAAACUUCACAGGAAUGUUCCUUGGGUGGUCUUCUUCCAUGGCUACAAUACAAUUUUAAUAUAUUUUCACAGAAAUGUUUCUUAAGAUGACCCUAUUUCAAAUUCCUUCAAGCCAUAUUGAUUCAUAAACUACAUGGCCGCUUGGGAUGGGUCUUCUUUUCACUAUAUGUUUAAAGGGAAAAUCUUCUCUUCACAAACCAUUGACCCAUUUCAACUGUUUUUACAGAAAUGUCCCUAUUAUCAUUUUUUAUUAUUAUUUUGUUGUUUAAAAAUAAGAGCUAUUAACUUCAAACUUCAUGACCUUAUUAACAGUAACAAUGUGCUCUUUUGUACCAAUCUUGGCCCUCUUGUUUAUUUUAUUUGACUUGGUAACUUAUGAUGGUUGUAAUGAUGAUUGUUGUAAAGUAUCGACAAAUAAGAGCGACCGACGAAGCCACAGGGUUGUCUACACCCUAGAAAAGCCAUGGAUUUUGCUCUAAGGUCAGCGAUUUUUUAAAAAGAAAUCUGUGAAAAAAGAAAUUUUAAAAAGGUCAGGGAACCAGAACAAGAUAUGAAUUCUAGUGGCUAUGGAUGCAUUCAUUUAGUAUGUUUAAUGCUUUAUAAGUGUUUUUGUUUUUUAACAGUAGGUAACCAUGACAGCUCUGUAUAGUGUAAACUGUCUGUAAACAUUUGCUUGCACAAGACACUAAAACACAAUAACAGUAAAUUUGUGGUCUGGUCGGCUGAUGUAGAUGAAGAGAAGGCCAAACAAUUAAGGUCGUAUUGGUCUGUGAAAAUCAGUGAAAAAUACUUGAUUUUCUUUUACCUGUUUAGUGGCAACUCUUGAGGACAGCAAACGGCUUAGUACACACGAGACGUUUUACAGUCAUAACUUAAUGUUGAAUGAAACAUUAUAAAGUAAGGUUCUCAGACUUAUGUUGGAUUCUAUGUAAAACAAUGAUGUCUUAUUACGUUUCUGUACAAAAUAAAGGUUUAAAAAGCA